AUGUCUGAGAAGCCUCAAAAGGUCCUGGGCAUGCCGCCCUUCUUGGCGGACUUCCUCAUGGGUGGUGUCUCCGCCGCUGUCUCCAAGACUGCUGCCGCCCCCAUUGAGCGUGUCAAGCUCCUCAUCCAGAACCAGGAUGAGAUGAUCAAGAACGGCCGUCUCGACCGCCGCUACGCCGGCAUUGGUGACUGCUUCCGCCGUACCGCCGCCGACGAGGGUGUCAUGUCCCUGUGGCGUGGUAACACUGCCAACGUUAUCCGAUACUUCCCUACCCAGGCCCUGAACUUUGCUUUCCGUGACAAGUUCAAGAAGAUGUUCGGUUUCAAGAAGGAGCGUGAUGGCUACGGCAUGUGGAUGCUUGGUAACCUGGCCUCCGGUGGUGCUGCUGGUGCCACUUCUAUGCUUUUCGUCUACUCCCUUGAUUAUGCCCGUACCCGUCUUGCCAACGAUGCCAAGUCCGCCAAGAAGGGCGGUGAGCGCCAGUUUAACGGUCUUGUUGACGUCUACCGCAAGACCCUCGCCUCUGACGGUAUUGCCGGUCUGUACCGUGGUUUCAUGCCCUCCGUCGCUGGUAUCAUCGUCUACCGUGGUCUCUACUUCGGCAUGUACGACUCCAUCAAGCCUGUUCUCCUGGUCGGUAACCUCGCCAACAACUUCCUUGCCUCUUUCGCUCUCGGUUGGUGCGUCACCACCGGUGCCGGUAUCGCUGCCUACCCUCUUGACACUAUCCGACGACGAAUGAUGAUGACUUCUGGUGAGGCCGUCAAGUACAAGAACUCCUUCGAUGCCGCCCGCCAGAUCGUUGCCAAGAACGGUGUCAAGUCUCUCUUCAACGGUGCUGGUGCCAACAUUCUCCGUGGUGUUGCCGGUGCUGGUGUCCUGUCCAUCUACGAUCAGCUCCAGAUCCUUCUCUUCGGAAAGGCCUUCUCCGGCGGCUCUGGUUAA